AUGCCAUACACGGCUUCCAGAGCCCAUGGCUCCGUGUCUUCAUUGACUGUGUUGGUUCAGGUCUUUGACCGACCAAUGAGACGACAGUGGGAUCCCAAAUAUGGUGUUCUAGGAAGAGAGGUGCUAGACAGUUAUAAUCUCUAUCAGACCGCGCCAGCCAAAUGUCCUACCGGUUGGGCUCAGUUAGGUAACAAAUGUUUCUCUCCGAUUCAAAGUACACCGGUCACUUGGGCUCAAGCCGAAUCAGCGUGUCUACGACAAAACGCCAGUCUCGUCUCCAUUCACUCACCUGUAGAGCAUCAGUUUAUUGGAACUCAUUUGCAGUUCGGCAGCGCAUGGUUAGGCCUGCGCGUAAAUCAAAAUCCCAAUCACGAAUACUCUUAUUGGUCUGAUCACAGCCCGGUAGACUAUAUCAGUUUUGCUGCCAAACAACCUCCGGUGACCAGAAAUGACGGGGCUAUUGAACGCUGUGCCACCUUGACACACGAUAUGCACGACUGGCAUCUGAGUCGAUGUGACGACCGGUAUCCGUAUGCUUGCCAGCUCAUCCUUGCGCCGUCUUCCAACACCGCACAUGAUGGGCCAGCUGUACUAUAUAUACCGCGGGUAUUAUGCACGGACCUGAUGGGCUCGAAGUACUGUGUGGAAUUUCACGCGAUUCCGGCCACAUUUGUGCACGCUGAAGAAACCUGCCAGUCUCGGAACAUGUCUUUAGCCACGAUCCCCUCUGAAGAACAUCAGAAAUUCCUAAUGGAUCAACUGAAGCAGGUGCCGGGAUUCACGAAAGCCUUUAUUGGUCUGUUCUCUCCGGAAGACACGUUGAUGUGGAUAUCAGGCUAUCCGUCUGUUCCGGUCGCGUUUUGGACCCAUACCGCUCCGAGUGGCACGGAACAGUGUGUCUACGUUCGAUCUGAUAAUCAAAGUCUGUUCACGUGGGAAUCGACACCAUGCACAGAGUCGUUGCCUUUUGUCUGUUCAUCCCCUGUGUCUGUGCACGAAAAACCUACUGUUCCAUUCAUUCAGCAAUCCUGUCCGGAACCGUAUAUUCACAUUGGAUCGGGCUGUUUCCUGAUCAAGGCGGAUCCAUCAUCCGCGGUCAGUUGGGCUGAGGCCGCUGUCGCGUGUUCUAAACUGGAACCAAAAGGUCAUCUAGCGACGGUCCAAUCGCUUCACGAACAAGUACGGCUUCGUCAACAGAGGCUAUUCGAAACGCUUGGUCGUACGGUGGCAUUUCUCGAGGUGCAUGAGAAGGACGACCAGUCACAACCCGAAACACCCACCCCAGACCAUACUGAGGCUUUCGGAGGCGAUUAUGGUUGUGCUGGGGAUCAUCUUCCUCGCCUUCAUCAUAAUUUCCAAAAUCGCCGGGUUCGUCUGUCCUCGCGUGCCCGGAGCACGAUUUAA